UCAAUUUCUCGGAUCGAGAAGCUCUGCAUUUCCCAAACUCGAAGUGCUCGAAUUCGAAGACAUGCCCACAUGGGAGGAAUGGGCAUUCAAUGAAACACCUCUUGCAGUGAAGUUGUCUCCGAGUCUCAGGGCUUGUGGUAUUAUCGACUGCCCAAAGCUAAGAGCUCUUCCUGAUGACCUCCACCGAGCCACGAACCUCAGCCAACUGGUCUUGCGCCAAACAUAUGAGCUAGGUGAGAUCAACCACCUCACCUUGACUUACGGGCUUGAGGUCACAAAUGGCAGAGGGUUGAAGAAGAUAUCCAACAUCCCGACAUUAAGAUAUCUUCAUCUGGAUAACUGUCCCAACUUGGAGUGCGUGGAGAAUCUUGGCAAGCUGCAGCAUUUGAUGUUGGUGUGUUCAAAGAAAACCAAGCAGCUCCCUACGUGGCUUCGGGGCUUGAUCGAGCAGCAGCGUAACAACACGGCAAGCACUCACAGUAGGAGUUUGAGGAAGUUUGAGAUGCAAUGCAAUCUGCAACUGCUGAAGAGCUGUUUGGAAGGCAAUGAGAAUUGGGACACCAUCAAGCAAAUUCCCAGUGUUAGAGUCCUAACAUAUUCCGGGCAAAGGUAUAUGCGAUACACCAAGGAUCCCUACAACUAUGAUGCAAAGAUUCCUUCAAAUUGAGAUGGUGUCAAAAAAAGUUUGCUUUUUUAAAUUGUAUUGGUGAAGGUGUGAUUUGUAUGGUGCUGUUUGCAUUUGCUUCUUUCUACAUUUGGUUAGCUUACUUUACAUUUGGUGAAGGUGUGAUUUGUAUUAUUUAUGUUUGCAUUUUCUUCAAUUGUCACGGUGAGAGUCUUA